AUGGCCUCCCAACCAUCCUCCUCGCCCACCGCAUCACCAUACCCCUUCGCCGCGGCCCCGGACAUCGUGCGCGCCCACCAAAAAGACGCCUACUUCACCGGCCACCUCGCCAACACCAUCACCGACCUCUACCGCCGGCUCUUCGGCGCGCGCGCAACCCACUCCCUCGCCCCGGAACUGCGCUCCCUCGCCACGCUGCUCUACUUCUCGCUCACCACCCUCCCCGGCAACCGGACCCUCGGCGAAGAAUACUGCGACCUCGUCCAGGUCGAAUCCCCCAACGGCCAACUCCCCGACAUACAAAAGCGAAGCGCCUACAUAGCCGGCACCAUCCUCCUCCCCUACCUCGUCAGCAGAACGCUCCCCAGCCUGCGCAACCGGCUGCGCAAGCUCGUCGACAAACGGCUCGACACCCUCCGCCGCAAGGGCAAGCAAUCAACCCGCGAGGCCCGCACGUGGGAAUACAUCUCCAACCACCUCCCGUCACUGACGUCCGCGGCGCCCGUCCAGGCCGUCACCCUCGCGCUCUUCUACUUCAACGGCACGUACUACGAGCUGACGAAGCGCCUCCUCUCCCUGCGCUACGUCUUCACGCGCGACGUGCCAGACUCCCCCGACAGGGGAGGCUACGAGGUCCUCGGCGUGCUGCUCGUCAUACAGCUCGCCCUCCAGAGCUACCUGCACAUCCGGUCGACCUUUUCCGCCGCUGCCCGCCGCGAGCGCAACGCCUUCCCCUCUGGCACGCUUGACGUGUCCCUCGACCAUGCGAAUUCGUACUCUGCGAAUAGCGAUCUCCUGCUCACGGAGCUGGGCGCCAGAGGUCCUCAGGAGAGCAGGGUAGAUUUGGCGCUCACGACACAUACCCCCGUGUCUUCUGUGCCGCGCUUCGAUCUUGCAGACGGCAAGGUGAUGGGGUAUAUCAAGGGUUCGCAGCAGCGGAAGUGUACGCUUUGUCUCGAGGAGCUCAAGGAUCCGUCGGCAACGCAGUGCGGACAUGUGUUUUGCUGGGAGUGUAUAGGAGAUUGGGUGAGGGAGAAGCCCGAGUGUCCGUUGUGCAGGAGGGAGGCUAUGGUGCAGCAUAUUCUGCCUUUGAGAGUCAUGUAA